AUGGUGAAGGAGGAAUGGAGGGGUUUAGGAAAAGUUCAAUUUACUGAAAAGUUGAAGACUUUGACGAUACCUUUGAGUAGAUGGCACAAGGAGAAGUUUGGUGAUAUUGAUUUGAAGGUACAGCAGUUGGAGGAUGAAAUCAGGAAGUUGGAUGAUUUGGCUAGUGAUGGAGUUUAUGAUGGAACUAUGGAGGCAAGAAGGAGGGCUCUAGUUAGCUUCUGUAAGUGUUGGUAUGUCAGGAAGGAAAUCCAUUGGAAGCAGAUGUCAAGGUCCCGACAUGCUAAGUACAUGGAUAAGAACACUAGAUAUUUUCAUAAUUUAACCUUAGCAAGAAGAAGAAGUAAUCGGAUUGAUGCGUUAGUGAUAAGUGGCAGAUUGGUGAGGAAUCAAGCCAGGAUUAAGAGUACAAUAAGAGAUUUUUAUAAGAACUUGUAUCGUCACGAAGCGUCACCUUUGGUAGGUAUUCGGGAUGGCCUAGUUAAUAAGAUACAGGAAGAGGAGGCUACAGACUUAGAGAGGUUGCCUUCGGCUGACGAAAUAAAGGAAGCAAUUUGGGAUUGCGAGUCGUCUAAGGCCCCUGGCUGUGAUGGCUACAAUAUGAACUUCAUAAAGAAGUGUUGGGGAUAA